UUCACGGCUCUCUUUCCAACACAUUUCACCUUUACCUAAAAUCCAAAAUUUCAUAUUGACUUCCCAAAGUGCGCCAUGAGUUUCCAUUGAAAGCAACCAAGCAACCUUUUCAACACAAAGGGACAAGACAUACAACACAUUGACCAAUUCAUUUUUUACAAGCAAAGAGGAUUAGGCAAAUCAACAACAUAGUCUUGAGACCUUUUACCAAGAAGUUUACUACCUGAUUGAAAGUUAGACAUGCUUGAUAUCAAGAAUCUUUGCCUACACUAUUCCUUACUUUACUUGAAAUUUUAUGUAUAGAUAGAAAUCGAACUGUCUUAUUUCGUUCUCUCUAUAUAUAUAAUUAGCUGUUACUUGUUUACUAGAGCACGUUAUAAUUAAAGAACUAGUACAACAUAUCAUAUACUAUGAGCUCUGAGAACUUUGACUUUGUUUAAGAGAAAACAUAAUUAUGCUUUAAUUUAUAUAAGUACUGUAAUUUCAUAAUCGUUACUAAAUGCUUUUAUCUUAUCCUUUCCUUCUUCAGUUGUAUUUUGUUUUAAUCAUAAAACCGUCGUAGGAUAGGAAACUAUCAAGUCAACAUUAUCAAAGCUAGAUGCAAACACGUGCCUUCCUUAUCCAGCACCCGUUUAACACACACCCCUUUUGACAUUUUUGAUACACAUUUCCAUAUUUGUGAGUACAAAGUUCAUAUAUAUAAUUAAGCUUAUUAGAAAGCAUUUAGGGAAACUUCAUGCCUUUGCUAUAAUAUUAAACUAUAGCGUUUGCUUCUAUUUCUCUAUUAUAAAAUUAUUAGUGCAUAUCGUUCCAGCCAUUUAUAUGCUUUGGGUGAAAUUGUAUUAGGCUUCAGUGUGUUUGUCAACUUCAAUUAUUUGUUUUAAUGACAUAGCCACCAAUUAUUUCAGGAUAUUGAAAUAAAUAUAUUUUAAAUCUAGCUAGCACACGGAAUAGCAAAAUUCUUAUCUUAGUAUAUAUAAAUAGCUACCAAAUACCACAACUCAUAACCACAAACAAAAAAACAAAGACGUUAUUCACUCAAAAACCUCUAUAGUACUACAUAUAAUGGCUAAUUUUAAUAUCAAGCACAUUGCCAUCUUCUUCAUUCUCAUCUCAAUUUUCACUCCUCGAGUUUUAUCAGUCGUAGAAGAUUGUGGAGCAGAAGAAGACAACUCAUGUGUCAACAAAUCCAAAGCGUUGUCCUUAAAAAUCAUAGCCAUAGUCUCCAUCUUAAUCACUAGCAUGAUCGGAGUAUGUCUUCCAUUAUUCACACGUUCUAUACCUGCCCUAAGCCCAGAAAGAAGCCUUUUCGUGAUUGUCAAGGCAUUUGCAGCAGGAAUUAUCUUAGCCACGGGCUUCAUGCACGUGCUACCGGACUCUUUCGACAUGUUAUCAUCCAGUUGCUUGAAAGAAAACCCAUGGCAUAAGUUCCCCUUCACUGGAUUUGUGGCUAUGUUGUCUGCAAUAGUAACGAUGGCUAUUGACUCUAUAGCUACUAGUUUGUACAGCAACAAGCACAAAACUGGUGUAAUUCCAGAAACUGAUCAAGAAAUGAAUGUUGUGGCUGGAACUCAUGUUCAUUCCCAUCAUCAUCCUGGAUCUUUUUCGACUAAAGAUGGAGUUGACGGCAAAAAACUACUACGAUACAGAGUAAUUGCCAUGGUGUUGGAGCUGGGAAUCAUUGUUCACUCAAUAGUGAUAGGGCUUUCUCUUGGAGCGUCAAGCAAUACAUGCACAAUUAAAGGACUCGUUGCUGCACUUUGCUUUCAUCAAAUGUUUGAAGGAAUGGGCCUUGGUGGUUGCAUUCUCCAGGCUGAGUACAAGUUCUUGAAGAAGGCAAUAAUGGCAUUUUUCUUUGCAGUAACAACCCCAUUUGGUAUAGCACUUGGAAUAGCGCUGUCAAGCACUUACGAGGAAAAUAGCCCACGGGCAUUAAUAACUGUUGGAUUGCUCAAUGCAUCAUCAGCUGGCCUUCUGAUCUAUAUGGCUUUGGUUGAUCUUCUUGCUGCUGAUUUUAUGGGUGACAAAUUACAAGGCAGUGUGAAGCUACAAAUCAAGUCCUACAUGGCUGUUCUUCUUGGUGCUGGUGGAAUGUCUGUCAUGGCCAUUUGGGCCUAAAUUUGUUUUCAUAUUUUGGUUUGAGCAAUAAGUGUGUGAAACACACCCUUCCCUCCCUCCCCACACAUUUUUUCUUCUCUUUCUUGGGGUUUUGGGUUGUAGGUGACAAAAGAAUUUUAAAAUGAGGUGUAGGUGACACAAGUCUUAAUUAUUGAGUGGAAGCGACAAUCAAAGUUUGAAAAAUUUAAAAAUA